ACAACACAUUGUUCAGCACUUUCUCAAACCCUAGCACGUACGAAUACCACAAACAUUCAAAAUCCAAAUCUCUAUGCAGCUCCACUUUUGUUCUUAAUGUUCCUUACUUUUGUCAAUACCUAGAAAAAGGAAAACCACAUUGUCCCCACUACUAAAUUAAAAGCUUCUUUAUCCUUCUUCACUUUCCUUAACCCAUCAUUCCACUCAGAACAAUAAAUAUAUAGAAACCAGUCAUGAUCUUGAUCUCUACACACAUACUGUUUGUUUGUUUGUCUGAGGGAAGUGUGAAAAUUUCUAGCAGCUUCUACUCAUUCUGAACCAUGCUUGCCCUUCCACCACCACCUCCUCCACCACCCCUAGCCACAAGAAAACAAACCAAGCAAGUGUCUCCUGAUCAAAUUGUCAUAUCAAAACACCCCAUCAAACAACAUUCUCAGGAACCCGAAGCACCAAAUUAUGUUGCACCAAAGUCAAUUAGGCCACCACCACCACCACUAAGGCAGCCUCCAUUUCAAAGGACCAAUCCCAUCAUAUGGUUUGCUGCAGUGUUGUGUCUCAUAUUCAGCCUUGUGCUUAUCUUCUUUGGAGUUGCAACUUUGAUAAUCUUCCUAGGCAUCAGACCAAGGAACCCCACUUUUGACAUCCCCAAUGCAAACCUUAAUUCAGUGUACUUUGACUCACCAGAAUACUUCAAUGGUGACUUCACCCUCCUUGCAAACAUCACCAACCCCAACAGGAAGAUUGAUGUGAGGUUUGAGUCUUUGGAUAUUGAACUUUUCUUCUCAGACAGGAUCAUAUCAACACAGUCCAUUCAGCCCUUUACUCAGAGGAGAAGAGAGAGCAGGUUGGAAUCACUGCACUUCAUAUCCAGCUUGGUGUUUUUGCCUAAGGAUCUUGGUGUGAACCUUAAAGGACAGGUGCAAGGUAACAUGGUCAAGUACAAUGUGAGAGGAACCUUUAAAGUGAGAGUAACUAUCGGGUUAUUCCACUUGUCUUACUGGUUGCAUAGCAGAUGCCAGAUAGAGAUGACUGCUCCACCAACUGGUGUCUUGGUGGCUAGGAAGUGCAUCACCAAGAAAUGAAAGUAAAGGGUAGAAUUUUUAUGCUUGUUUAUUGCUUUCUAUGUUUGGUUUCAUAUAUAACUUGUACUGAUACCAUACCAGUGAGCUAAAAAGGAAGUCUGGGAACUACUUGAUAGAUAAGAAACAAUUUAAUUUUUAUAUGUUGUUGAUAUAGAACAUUGUAAAUAGAUUACAAAUCAGGAUAUUUAUGAUUUUUAGAAUUGCUGUCAUAGAACUGAAUGAUUGGAUGAUAAUGUAAACAAAUUUCACUAAGA